UGAGUUUCCGGUCUUUUACCCUGUGCUUUGUUUUACACACGGUUUGAAACUCGCGUCGUGAUUGGACAGACUGAAAUGCGCACAAAUGCUUGUGCAUGAUCUUCGAAGAUGACUCCCGAAGCUCCCCUCUCUCCAAGAAACACUGACGACACCAGCAUCUAGCAACAGAUCCUCUGCCAAUUCCGGUACAACGAAAAGGUUUAUCACACGAUAUCAAUCAUCAGAUUAUCACGACCAAGUAUCCAAUCUCUCAACGUCCUCUUCGCGAUCGUAGCCUGGAAACGAAAACACCCCCACGAAUAUCUACAACAAUCCACUGUGUCUGGCAGGCUCGUCGCGAUCCCUCAAUCUCCUUCUCUUCCCUUUCCCAGGAAUCUUCCUGCACUUCUUCCGCCUUUAAAAACGCCGUGGUCCAUUUGAGGCCAUAGCGAGGUAGUCGAAGUGACUGGAAGAGAUCCUUUGCCACCUUCUUCCACAUGAGCCACCUUCUCUGGAAAUACUACCAUAAUGGAGAUAUCGACAAAUUCCGGCACCUCCUUUCAAAUGGGAGUAAUAGCGCGGCACAUACACUGAAGGGCUAUGGAGGGAUAGGUGGGAAUGCUCAUAGCAUGGGAAGCCAUGUUGGAAGUCUCGGAACGUCUCCAAGAAGUGCUGUCAAGCAUCGCAAAGUUUCUGGUCAGCCUGGGACCACCAGUAGCGCGAAAGGUGCAAGUACGACUUUGGGUCGCGCAGAGAUCAAUAGCAGAGACUAUGGUGGACUUACCAUCCUCCAUCGUGCUGCAUCCUCAACUACCGAGAAUGCGACAAGCUUUGCGAUGGCUCUUCUAGAGCAUCCUGCUAUAGACCUGUACAUCCAGGACACGGAAAAUGGAUGGACAGCUUUGCACCGAGCCUUGUAUUUCGGCAACAUCACUUUGGCUCGCGCUAUCAUAGAGAAGGAUGCCCGUGAGCCAACUAGCCAAAUGGGCAAUGCAGGCCAAAGAGCAAUCAGCUCAGUCAUCAAGGUCAAGGACUAUGAAGGCAAUAGCCCAUUCGAUGUCUAUAACGCUACAAUCGCACGGCGCUCCCUCCAGGCUAUUCCUGAUGCUUCAGGAUCUGAUGAUGGAUCUGAUGAUGCCGCCUCGUCGAUAGCUGGUACUAAUCCGGAAGGGCAUUUAAUUCACGGAAGUAUUGAUGGCGAUGAGGUGUUUGCUUGGGGCAGUAGCCGCAACCAUGGUCUGGGGUUCAAAGAUCAGGAUGACCGUCAACACCCCGAGAAGAUUACUUUGAAACGGCCUGACCAUUUACUCUUUCGAUUCUACCGUGAGUAUGUCGAAUCAGUGGCACACGGAGAUACUGCUCUAAAGCUUCCACCGACUCCAAAGUCUGUUUCGGAAUUACCUAUCUUGAUCUCAAAUCGACCUAUUGUUAUUCAAGAUGUUGCGGUAUCAAAGCUGCAUAGUGCAAUCCUCACAACUGAUCCAGAAUCCAAUCUUUAUAUGUGUGGUUUUGGGCCUGGUGGAAGACUAGGAACUGGGGAUGAAACUACACGUUUCUCAUAUACUCCUAUCGAAGAAGGUGCCCUAUCUGGUAAAAAGGUCAUAAAAGUUGCUCUUGGACAAAAUCACUCGCUAGCCGUUACCUCGGAAGGCUCCCUUCUUUCUUGGGGUACCAACACCCAUGGUCAGCUUGGAUACACCUUGCCUCGACCUGCACUCAAAGAUGAAGAGCCAGUCUGUGCCACACCACGUCAAAUUUUUGGUCCGCUGAAGAGAGAGAUCAUCAUUGGAGUUACCGCUUCUGCAAUUCAUUCAGUCGCUCACACUUCGACAUCACUUUUCACUUGGGGAAAGAAUGAAGGUCAGCUGGGCUUAAUGGACUCUGAUUCUCGAAGUCUCGAAGUUCAACCAAUACCUCGCAAAGUUGCUGCCUCUUUAUUCAAAUCAUCGAUCAACAUGGUAUCAGCUAUCAAUACAGCAACCAUCGUUCUUCUUGCCAACCACACUGUUUGCGUUUUCACUAAUUAUGGGUACAACAUCGUUAAAUUUCCGUUGUAUGAAGGUUUUACAAAUUAUCACUUGCAAAGCAACGCCCUCACUACUCGUUAUGAGUCUGGCUCGAACCAUAUCUCCCACAUUACUGCUGGUGGUGAUACAAUAGGGGCCUUGUCGAGCAGAGGCGAUCUGUUCACUGUCACUGUCAGAGGUAUUCCUACGACUUCUGCAACCAGUACUACCAACCCAUCCAAAAUCAAGGACUCGUUGUCACCUCCACAGCGUGUGUGGUCCCUGCGAAAGGGCAAUUGGGACGGUAUCAAGUCAGUCGGGAUCACAGAAAAUGGCUCCGUCAUUGUCUGCACACAAGCAGGCGCAGUCUGGCGCCGCAUCAAACGAGCUAAGAUCAAAGAUGCCUUCAUGGGGACAGGAAAUCUGAACCGCAAAGACUUCAAGUUCCAGCGUGUUCCAGGAUUAACGAAAGUCGCCGCAGUACGCAGCACGCCGUUUGGUGUAUAUGCAGCUAUUCGCAAGGACUGCGAUGUGACUAGAACUCAAGUCCUAGUGGCUGAGCAAACGUUGUGGAAUGAUAUGGCCCCUUUGCUUAGUAUUCGUGAUCUCGAAGCGUCUGAGCCUCCACAAGAGGAAGAAGACACCGAAACUCCUCGAUACUGGACACCAGCUCUACCGAAGGGGCACUUCGAGCCUUUAAAACGUGCAGUUCUUACAUCUCCCGACCUUGAAUCCGAUGUUGCUCAGCACCUACUCGGGGAAAAUCUCGAAGGGUAUGAUGUUGAGAUUGGCACCUCGAGUUCUGACGUGUUCAUCCCAGUUCAUGGCUUCAUACUUGCUCGAAGUUCUGUUCUACGGAAACUUCUCAAGGACCACGCCUCUGGGACUGUUUCAAUACCCGAAAUGUUGACGAUUCCUGCUUCCGACACCCUGGCAGUAUCGUCAUCUGGCAAGUUAAAGACACGAAUAAUCUUCCAAGGACUAGACUUUAUCACCAUCGUAAACUUUGUGGUAUAUCUCUAUACUGACUCCAUCAUUGAUGUCUGGCACUUCAUUCGGCACUGUCCACGAAUGUCAUUCAGAUAUCGGCAAGUUCGUGUCGAGCUCAUGAAAACCGCUGGUCAACUUAAGCUGAGCAAGCUUGAAAGUGCGGUCCGCCUCAUGACCGAGUCUGAGCGCCGCAUGGAUGCAGAUUUGGCUAUUGCUUUGCAAGAUCCAAAUUUCUUCAAUGAUGGGGACGUCAUUAUCGAAUUGGACGGCUCUGAGUUGAUAGCGCAUAGUGCUCUGCUGUGCCAGCGGUGCUCAUUCUUCGAAAGCCUUUUUCAUGGCCGCGCAGGAGGCCAGUGGCUUGCUGGGCGAAGGGGGAGCGGCGAUGAUGUGGUCAGGAUUGAUUUGAAGCACGUCCAGCCGGACACUUUUCAUCUUGUCUUGAAUUAUCUUUACGCCGAUUUUGGGACUGAAUUGUUUGAUAAUGUUGUUUCAGCUGAUAUCGACGAGUUCUCUGACCUCGUUUUGGACGUUAUGGGUGUUGCUAAUGAACUUAUGCUUGAUCGCCUGUCACAGAUCUGCCAGCAGGUGAUAGGCAGGUUUGUGACUACACGCAACGUGUGCCAACUCCUAAACCACAUCGCUCCUUGCUCUGUAACAGGAUUCAAGGACGCAGCUCUUGAAUAUCUUUGCCUCCAACUCGAGUCGAUGCUUGAAAACCACUUACUCACGGACUUGGACGAAGACCUUUUACUGGAGCUAGAUGAAGUCGUGCGAGCGAACCAAUUGAAUUGUCUCCCCUUUGCAAAGAGUGGCAGAGCAGAGCUUUUGCUACACGAACGUCAUCCGGGCCUUGCAGAAGACAUCCUUGAAGAACGACAACGGCGUAUGAAAGACAUGAACUUUCGCGCCAACAUGAAAGAUGAUGAGAGCAAAUUAUCUACCUCGUAUCGAACACGCAUUGGCAGUCUCGAUGAUCUCAUGUCCGCUUCACCAACUCAGGAAAGAUCACGGAGGAAAUCCAAAGCUGUUCGGAAUGCACCUUUCAGCCCUAGUCUUCGACCGAAAGAUUCUACAAUAGAUUUGAUGUUCGAUAUGGAUGAGGAUGAGACACUAGCCGUCGGUAGUCCCAUAUCUCCCGUAUUAAGACCUACUACAGACGAGAGGAGUCCUGCCAGUCCAAAGCUUGCAUGGGAUGAACCUGAGCCAAGGUCUUUGCCAGACGAUGAAAUUUUAUCUCCUCCCUUGAGAACACCGCCGCCGGGCGUUCGUCCUACACAGGUGCAAGCUACAUCUAGUCCGAAAACGUGGUCGUCUCCCGUAUUUCCGUCAUCGAAGCUCGACAUGCGAGAGAUUAUGGCUCAGACAUCCACUUCACGAACUUCGAAUCUGUCAAUGAGUAUCUCGGCUGAGAAGGCCAAGAACGAAGCUGUUGGGAAGCAAGCGAAAGCAAAAAUGUCCCAGAAAGAAAGGAAAAAGCAGCAACAGCAAACGAUGCAACAAAUGAUCGCUCAACCUCAAAUUUCUCUAGAUAAAGGAGAUGGCAAAGCGGCGUCUCCAUGGCAAACUGCAACCGUGGGCCCGAAAACCUCUCUGAAAGAUGUCCUAGGCGAGCCCCAGCCUUCGCCAUCGGAUAUUUCAAGCAAGCAUCUAGAGUCUCCCGCCGCAUCCCGGAGCAUAACACCAAGGAGGACUGCAUCGCCUGACACUCGCUUCUCAGGUCAGCAGCGCAGCGUAAGCAACAGCAACAUUGGGAAGGGGAAGUCUGCAGCAAGCUCUUCACGGCCGCUGACUCAACCUCAAACCGCGAAAUCCGCGCCAAUCGUACCGCACUCCAAGUCGUAUACUACCCCGGCUAUGAAAGCAGAACCUUCCCUCCAAUUGUCAAUGGCAGACAUCAUUGGACAGCAAAGAAGAGAGCAGGAGGUGAUUAAGGAGGCUGUUGCGAAAAGAAGUCUUCAAGAAAUCCAAGAAGAGCAGGCGUUCCAGGAAUGGUGGGAUCAAGAGAGUCAGCGAGCGCAAGAGGAGGAAGCUGCCCGUGCCAAAAACGCGGGAUCUGGGUCAGGAAGAGGUGGCAAAAGUGGUGGGCGUGGUAAAAGAGGUGCAAGAGGUAGAGGUGGCCGAGGGAGAGGCGAUUCUGGCCAAGGUCAAGACCGUGGGCGUGGGAGAGGUCAAGAGAAGGGUUCUAGUACAUAGCAUAGGAGGGUUGAAAAUUCUGUGCAUUUGUGUAUGUAUAUACUGCAAUUCGGUCGGCGUUCGAAGACGGACAUUGCUCUGCACAUGACUGCGAGCUGGCGUUAUCU